AUGGAAUGUCCCGAAGAUGCCAGACUAUUUGAUGAUAAUAAUAAUGGAACACGGUUGAUUUUGAAAAUGUUUGCCGAUUUUCAAAAGUAAGUUCAACAAAAAUAAAAACGCACUUUCCGCUUGAAAAUGAGCCAUCCCACCCAUUUUCAAGUAACCCCUCUAAUUUGAACACAAUGUAUCAAAAACCAAACAUGUGAAUGAUUAUUCGCUCGAAGAACUCAUUAUACAAAACUUAUUAUUCACAAAAAUAAGUAUGACGCCUGUUUAAUUUAUGAGAGCUCAAUAUAAAAUAUCAAAAGAGCAUUUUUCACACGAAUCUAAAUAAAUUCAGGAAAAACCAUGUUUUCUAUUUUGCCAAAAUUCUAAUAACAAUGAAAUCAAGAUACCAGUCGUUUUUUCGAGAAAAAAAAUCCUUUGACAAUUUGUGACGUGGGUUUGAAAUUCCCCUAUGAAUGAUGUCAUGAAAUCUUUUUGGGCUUCCAGAUCCAAAAAAAAUAUACAUAUAUAUAUAUUUUGUUUUCAGAUGGUAUUCCCCGAUUCAUGGAUAUGUUUGUGUUGUUAUUUGUAUGUUCGGAAUACUUACAAACCUCGUUCAUGUUGCAGUUCUAUCAAGACCAAAUAUGAGAAAUUCGGCAGUUAAUUGUAUUUUGACUGCUGUGGCUGUUUGUGAUAUUGGAACAAUGGGAUCAUACUUCGUUUAUAUUGUACAUUUUGUAUUGCAAAGAGAUAGAAAAUGGUAAAAUAUUUUUUGUGAAGUAGUGAAAAGGAAAACAAAACAAAUGUAGACCUUGCUGUUUUUCAGAUGUUGAAAAACAUUUCUUUUUUAGCGCUCCAACUUUCACACAUGCUUGGCUACAAUUUCUUCUGUGGCAUGUUGUAUUGAGUAUUGCACUUCAUACAACAUCACUUUGGUUAGCAGUUGCAAUGGCAUUUAUUCGAAGAAUGACACUUCGUGUAGCUGCUCUCAAUAGUAAAUGGCAACAACCGAAAUUUGCUUGGAAAUUAUGCUUUGUAAUUUAUUUGGUUGUUUUCAUAUUAUGUGUUCCCAAUAUUCUGGUUCACGAAAUCUUACGAAUACCAGAUAUUCCACCUUGGCGACCAGAAGGACAAUGUGUUAGUCGAUUUAGUGCCAAUUAUUCACAACCAAUUUAUACAUUUACGGUUAGUGAAGUUGCACAACGAAACAAUUGUCGAUUGUUUAAAUGGAAUAUUUGGAUGAUUGGUAUAUUAUUCAAAGUGAUUCCUUGUAUUUUAUUAGUAUUCUUAUCGAUCGGAUUAGUUCGAAAAAUUCGUGAUGCAGAAAGACAUCGAAGAAAAUUAACAAGUGUUGCAUCAAAUGCAUCUGCAGAUACAAAACCAUUCAAGAAAAAGAAUAGUACACCAGAUCGAACAACUUUGAUGUUGGUUGCAAUUCUCGUAGUUUUUCUAAUAACAGAACUACCACAAGGUAUUAUUUCAAUUCUUUGCGCUAUUUUCACUACGGAUGUUCACAAAUAUGUCUAUUUUUAUGUUGGUGAUAUUUUGGAUCUUCUUUCACUUCUCAAUUCAUGUGUUAAUUUUGUAUUAUAUUGUGUAAUGUCUUCCCGAUAUCGACAAACUUUCUGGGAAGUUAUUAUUCCAACAAGAGCAUAUUCGUGAGUCCAAAAUUGACUUUAAAAAAUAAAAAUGUUAAAAUUCAGAAUGUGGUCAAAACAACGUGGUACAACUCCAAGUAAUGUUUCACAAGUAAACAAUGCAAAUAACAGUAUUCGAAUGGGAAGGUAAGACAAUUUGAACUGUCAGAAAGAUGUUUUUAAGUUCAAAAUAACUUUUGCAUUAUUUUCGCUUUCAUAUUAUGUUCAGAGAAGCGCUCUUUGACCUUCUGUUCAUCGGAAUUCCACAUUCCGACUCACUAACACUUCAACAACUUCAACGAGAACAACUUUGAGUUCUAACACUAAAAAAAGGUUUAAAAUGAGUAUUGGUUGAUUUGAUUGAUUCCCAAAUAGAAUUGAAAUGUUUGCGCGUGGUUGAACUUAAAAUGCAUGUUAUGGCGUGUUGAAUUGAAAAAUCGGAAAGAAAAAUAAAUCUCAAAUAAUUCGAGAUUUUUUCCUAUUUUUUCGUAGUGUGCCCCUUUGAGUGUGUUAUUAUUGAUAUAUGUGCAAAUAUUUAUCACUCCUCCCCCCUCCUAUGUAGAAUUUCAAUCAAUUAUUCAUUGUUUCCAGACGGCAAAGUUACACACCUCUGGCAACAGAACCAGAAAUACCACGUGGCGGUGAAUAUGAUAGUUUUGAUGUAUCAGAAAAUCAAACAAGUUAUCAAGAACACCAAUUGUGA